CCGGCGGGCGGGGACUUGGCUGUCCGGGGGCCUUCCAUCCCGUGGUCCCCACAGAAGGGGGUGAGCGGCUACGGCCGCUUCCCCGCCUCCGGGCCAAGGCCCCGGACCACUGCACCGGCGGCGGAGCGAGAGGCCCUGCCCAGUGCGAAAAGAAGCUGCCCUCAGGCGGGAAGGCAAAAGGGAGAGAAAAGACCACCAGCAUUCUGUCUUAGUACUAUAGCUUCCCGAGCCAGCUUGAACAUUAGUGUUCCAGAGGAGCACCUUACAUUCUGGAAGAAGAUGUUAAAAACCUUCAGCAGCUGUCACAGUAAUGGAUCUCUGUCAGGAAAAUGAGGCUGAGUUAGAAAACCGUGAAAACAAUGAGACUCAAAGCCCAGAAGGAACGGAAUUAACCUAUACUUGCGCAGAUGAAAGAAGUGAGAAGAGUCACGUUUGUUGUCUUCUUAACAUCAGCGACAUUACGCUUGAACAAGAUAAAAAAGCCAGAGACUUUGUCAUCGGAACUGGAUGGGAAGAAGCUGUUCAAGGCUGGGGAAGGACACCUCCAACUGCCUGCAUCUGGCCCAGGAAGAAGCUUAAAAAGGCGAGGGUGGGAGAAAGUGCCAGCAGCUGCUUACUCUGUGUCAGUCUCUCCCAAGGGAGUUCUGAGGCCAGGUCUCAGUCAGAGGUGGGGAAGUUGGGGUCCGUGGGUCCGGAGGAGGCUCAAGGCAGCCCCUCCCAGACUCCGGGGACCCGCCCAGGCCCCGCCACAGCCUCCAGGGAGAUCAGCAAGAUCUGCUUUCCCCACUCCAGUCAGGGAGAGAAAAAAAGUCUGCAAAUAAAGGAGUUUAUUUGGUGCAAGGAAGACUGGGCCACCCCUGAGGCUAUUCGGGGCAAGGGCCCCGGAAGUCCCAGCCGAGGCCCCUCCGUCUCAGACUCCUUGACAUCCAGGGCCCUGUUAGUACUACCUCCCCUGAAGGCUUCACUCCCAAAGGGCUUGGAUGUUCUGGGUAAGAAGAGUAAGAACAUUUUCUUGCAGCCGGAAGAGAAGGUGCUGAGUGUGGAAAAGGAUGAGUGUGUGGCUUGUGCGUAUGGAUUGAAAACGGUUGACGGGAAAGGUGAAAUGAGACCUGUGGAGUUGGCCAAGCCCCCUAAGGCCAGUGACACACUGCCUUCCCCUCCCCGGGCGGCCCCGGCUCCCCUGCUGGCCGAUCACGAGCGAGGCUGCCUUCAUUGGUCUCUGCUGCCUGAGAAACACCUGGUGCGCCCUCCCAGUCCCGGCAACGUCCGCUACCUGGCCACCGUGCAGCUUUUGCAGAAACAGGGAGCGCCAAACAACAAAGCCAAAUUCAAAGGCAGGGAGCCAAGACCUGCCGUGAACACCCAAAAGCGCAUUCUCACGGAGGCCAAGCAGGAAAACAGGCCCAAAACGUUGGAGACCAAAGUGUUCCCGAGAACUCUCUUGCCCUCCCUCACAGUGAGCAGAGUCGUUAUUCCCAUCUCCACUCACAGACUCCUCUGAGUUGCCACAAUAGAAUUCCCUGGGAAUGAGCACCGUUUGAAAUUCAUUCAUCCUCUCCCUGUGUCACCCUCCCCGUCCCAGCCUUCUCUUCUGCCACACUCUCCCCUCCCACGCUCCCUUCCCUUGCCCCUUUUUUUUGUAGUAGAACCAGAGGAAAUUGAACCUCAUUGCAUGGGUUCUGAUUUAUUCUCAAAGCUCCCAUAUCUAUGUGUCACCUGCUUCUGUUGCCUAGCCAUUUACAAAACUCAAGCUGGUAAUACCAUUCUCGCCGCUGCCUGCCUCCUCUCUCUACUCCCCGCUGGAAGCCGCGUGGAUGGCGGGGACUCUGAAGGGAGUCCCUCAGUGAGGCCCAUGUCAACCCUAAGCCAACUGGCAGGGGCUCUCUCCUCCCCACCCCUGUGCCUUAAGCUUAGUGUAGGAGCUUGUUUAGACCAAAUUGUUUCUCGAGCCAGGCAGAUAUCGAUCUGUUGCCUCAUUUUCGCUUGCAACAAAGAUCUGAAACACUGCUUUCAUAGAUAACUCCAGCCUGUGUCCAAAUGAAUAUCCUUGCGUCCAAGAUGUCCUAACCUUCUAUCCACGGAUAUAUCGUACCCACAACACGCUGCGUGUCCCAGGGUUCAUAUACUUUCAGCCUCAUGCUCGUCUCCAUGUCUGGAAAAGCUUUAGCCACAGCUCCAUAAAUACAGUCCAUCUUGGGAAGCAGGUUAAGAAUAAUUAUUAUUUUUUAAAUGUUGUUAUCAUUAUUGUCACCCUACAUGCUUCUUCAGCCUUACCUUGAAUCUAAUAUUUGGGAACUCUACAACCCCGGACAGACACUUAUGGAAUAGGGAUGUUACUUUCUCCCCUCUCCUGUCCCCCUUCUUCCCUCAUUUUACCCCAGUACAUAUUUCCUGAAGUUGUAUAUAAAUUAAACAUUUGUAAAUGAGUUAUAUUUUAAGUGCCAAGUGACCAUGCUAUGUAGAGAAAUGCUCUGAAAAACCAUUUUGUCAUAUGAAUAACCAUUUAGCCGCUCUGUAAUUACGUAGUUUGCAUUUGCUUAAGGUAGGUUGUACUUUGGAUUUCUGUCCCCCAGAUGAUGGGUAGACAGGAUAUAUGAUGGUAUUUGUAAACAUCUGCUUUCUGUAAUUGGUCUUUGUAAUGUCUCUUACUUUAGGUGGGUUUUGUUCUGUUUUGUGGUUUUUGCAAAACACUGGAAAUGCAGAAAUGGUUAUAGUACAGCGGUCAUUAAAAGGUGUAUUUUGCCUUCUAA